AUGGACAUCCAUGUGAGUGGCAGAGGACUCGGUGCCCGUAUCAGCCUCACCCUCCGGCUGAUAAUGCGCAAUCUGCAGAUCUGGAGAGGAUUUGAGGACCAGGAGAUGCAGUUUGUGAUGGCCCUCCAUGAGGCAAGUAGGGUGCAGGUCAGCAUGUCCUGUAGUAUUCGGUUUGAGAGGAAUCUCACCUUGAGUGGCAGCAUCACUGUGGUCUUCAGAGCUGUAGAAAUCAUUAUUAACAAGCUCCAAGACAACAUCCUUAGAUCCCUGCGCCCCAGCCUGGGCCCACAUCCAACCAUUACCCUGCGGUUGAUUGUACCGGUCAGGCUGUGCUACGAGUUGCUGUGGAAUGGUAGCUCUAUGCUCAGGCGCAUCUGCUUGCACUCUGGGGCCCAGGUGCAUGUGUCCAGCAACCCUCAGUCCAGAGACACUGAUCUGACCAUCACCGUGGUUGGCCGGCCAUACAGUGUGAACAACUGCAUGAAGCAGAUCUUCCUGACUCUGCUGGAAACACUAGUCUGUCUCCCUCAGGAGCAUGGCCAGGCCUUUCUCUACCAGCCCAGGCUGGUCCCAGUUCUCUCUGAGGGCUUUAUCAACGCCAUGGGUCAGCUCUCUGUGGCUGAUUAUACCUGUGCUACCAUUGGCUACCCACACGCCGAGAGCCGCCCCAAUGCCACUUGCUACCUUUAUUGUGCUCUCUACCUGUCAGGGCAAUCACUGAUUCAGAUGGGUUCUUGCCAGGGGCAGCCAUCCACUACUCACUUCUUCAUGCCUAUAGAGCAGUCUAUCUACAUCAAUCUACAGAACUGGUGCAGACGCUGCAGAAGGGAAGCUAGACAACGUCGGAGGCGGGCCACCUAUGAAUUCAUGAUUCCCAAUGGCUUAAUUGGCAGCAUGAUUGGAAUCAAUGGAGCCAAUAUCACCGCGGUCCGUCACAUAUCAGGUGCCCGGGUCAGCAUCUCCCCACUGGUGGAAGGUGAAAGUAUGAGACUGGUUAUGAUCACGGGAACAUAUGCCAGUAUAUGCCUGGCCUACUAUAUGCUCACUUUCAGCUUGAGCAAUGAGAUGCCCUAG